AUGGAAUUCGCUCAAUUAACCUCAAAAGCUUAUCGCAACCUGCGCACGCAAAUUUCUUUUUUAAAGAGCAGAAGCGGAAACACGACUUCAAUUGCCAUAAACUGGAUCAUAAACUCUCAAACUCGAAUGAUGUUCUGUUCUCAAGUUUAUAAAUUGAACACUAAAUUCAGACAUAAAGCUACUGAAGUCUUCAUGUGA